AUGGUCGAGGAAUUGCCGAUGGAGCAGAUUGACGACUUGCCGGAGCUUAUAGAUGAAGAAGCGCCACUGAAAUUGCCUCCAUUGCUAGAAUCACUGAUGGAAAAGCCACAAGAAGAAACAUGGAAGAUGGCUAAAGGAAGAAAGCGAAAGUCACAAAAGGAUAUAGAAAUGGAAGACCUUGGAGAUGGAGCAACUUUGGAAGGGGGCGAAGAUAUUCUUCGAAAGACAAGUGACGAUAUUCCGACCUCCGUAGUGGAUAAUUCUGAAGCCACACACUCGAAAAGGUCAAAAGGGGAAUUGAAUGAAGCCAGGAAGAUCCAAGUUCCGCCAAGUCGUUACGGGCCUUUGAAAGAACAAUGGGUGCAACUUUUGACUCCAGUUGUGAAACAGCUCGAAUUGCAAAUGCGCUAUAAUUUGAAGAAACGCGUAGUCGAAAUCAGAAAUCCUCCAGGAACACAGGAUACAACUAAGCUGCAGAAGGCUGCUGAUUUUGUCCGUGCCUUUGUUCUCGGUUUCGACAUUCAAGAUGCGCUGGCACUAAUCAGAAUGGAUCACCUCUUUUUGGAAACUUUUGAGAUUGACGAUGUAAAAUUUUCGCUCAAAGGAGAGAAUAAAGCACGUGCAAUCGGGCGCAUUGCUGGACAGCACGGCCAAACAAAGUACACUAUCGAAAACGUUACUAAAACACGGAUUGUCCUGGCUGGCACAAAGGUCCAUUUGUUGGGAGCAUAUCAAAACAUUCGCAUGGCUCGUCACUCAAUUUGCAGUCUCAUCCUAGGUGCUCAGCCAUCAAAAGUCUACGGGACACUUCGACAUUAUGCUGCCCGAUUAAAUGAGCGAAUU